UCAUGAUCAGCUGCUACCCGCCUUUUUCGGAUAGCACACGAAUGUAAGAAGAACGUGUUGCUUCUUGAUGCAAAAUACACAUGGAGACGUCUGACACGCUAUCCUAUGAAUAUCAGUCUUGUCCUUUGUUUCUCAUCCGUGAAGCUGUUUGAGUCGGUAGGCCGCUUGCGCUAGCACUACGACCGGCGCAGACAUGCGGCGAUGUUUCGCUCCGAGUCAACUGGCCAAGCGGCGUUGUGUUCAGGACGACGAAAACGGCGUGUCGGUACGUAGGGUGAAGGAAAUGUACACUAAUGACGACGUCAUCGAGAACGGCGAGCGUGUCAUCAGCAAGCACGAAGCGUUCAUACGAUCGCUGCUCAGCAAGCCGUACAAGGUACCCAUUCCAAACUACGUGCCGGGCCUGCUAAGCCGGUCGCUGGGCCUCAAACGAACGUCGGGGCCGCGUCCCCUCCAUGAUCCCGACGAAGAAGGCGCGCUAGUAUUGUAUGCACCUCCUUCUCUGACGAACCACGAACAGAUGACAGCAAACAGCCGGCUCGUGCAUGUGGUGGUCGACCCUGUGCUCACCAAGGUGCUGCGGCCUCACCAACGUGAAGGCGUCAAGUUCAUGUGGGACUGCGUGACGGGCUGCCGCAUCGAAGGCAGCUACGGCUGCAUCAUGGCCGACGAGAUGGGCCUUGGCAAGACGCUGCAGUGCAUCACCCUGCUGUGGACGCUGCUGCGACAAAGUUCUGAGUUCGCGACCCCGACCAUCACCAAAGCGAUAAUCGUGACGCCCAGCAGUCUUGUAAAGAACUGGCACAACGAGUUGUCCAAGUGGCUGGGCGAUCGAGUCCGCUCCGUUGCCAUCGAAAGCGGCAGCAAGGCCGAAAUCGACUCUGAGAUCCGCAGCUUCAUGACAGCUGUCGGCAGGCGUGUCUGCACACCUGUGCUGAUCCUGUCAUACGAAACAUUCCGUCUGCAUGCUCAAGCACUGCAGAGUGGUGAAGUGGGGCUUGUCAUUUGUGAUGAAGGUCACCGGCUCAAGAACUGUGAGAACCAGACAUACCAUGCCCUGAAUGGGCUGCGGACACGGAGGCGUGUGCUGCUGUCAGGGACGCCCAUCCAGAAUGAUCUGCUCGAGUACUUCAGCCUCAUUCACUUUGUGAACCAAGGCAUCCUAGGUACAGCACAGGAAUUCAAGAAGAAAUUUGAACUGCCGAUAUUGAAAAGCAGGGACUCUUGUUCAACAGAUGCUGACCGUGCGCGUGGUCAGGAAAGACUAGAUGAGCUCAUAGGAAUUGUGAAUCGGUGCCUGAUCCGUCGGACUAAUGCCCUCCUAUCACGCUACCUGCCUGUCAAGACAGAGUAUAUUGUUUGCUGUGCCAUGACGUCAAUGCAGCGUACAUGGUAUGAGCAGCUAGCCUGCAUGAAGGGCACCACUCCACUGGCUAGCAUAACGCUGCUUAAAAAGCUAUGCAACCACCCAUCGCUUGUGCGUGAGUGCUUCCCAGAGAGUGAGAAACUAUUUCGUGGACCUUCAGUGCAACCCGAGCUCUCAGGCAAACUGCGCCUCCUUGACUGUCUGCUGGCCAUGAUCCGAAGCACAACUGAUGACAAAGUGGUACUCAUCUCCAACUACACACAAACGCUGGACGUAUUCGAAAAACUGUGCCGUGAGCGCGGCUAUGGAUUUUUCCGACUAGAUGGGAGCAUGACCAUCAAGAAGAGGGCAAAGAUUGUGGCAGCCUUCAACACGCCGUCUAGCCCGGAGUUUGCCUUCAUGCUCAGCAGCAAGGCGGGAGGCUGCGGACUCAAUCUUAUUGGAGCGAACAGGUUGGUGAUGUUCGACCCGGACUGGAACCCGGCGAACGACGCGCAGGCCAUGGCCCGCGUGUGGCGGGACGGCCAGCGCAAGCCGUGCUUCGUCUACCGGCUCGUCUGCUCGGGCAGCAUCGAGGAGAAGAUCCUGCAGCGGCAGACGCACAAGAAGGCGCUCUCCAGCUGCGUCGUAGACUCCGAGGAAGACGUGGCACGACACUUCAGCGCCGCCGACCUGAGGGACCUCUUCAGGCUAGACGCCGAGGAGGUUCGCAGCUCGACCCACGAAUCCCUGUCGUGCCGGCGCUGCGUGAACGGCAUCGAGGCGCGGGCCCCUCCGGAGGACGCCGACCUGGCGAGCGACCUGUCGCAGUGGCACCACUGCUGGGCGCGCAAGCAGUCCGAGGACCACGUGCUGCGACAGUGCUGGGACUCCGGUGUAAACUUCGCCUUCUCGCAGCGAUCGCACCAGGCGCCCGUGGCCGUGCCGUGAAUGGACGCGCGCCGUCCCGAUUUGACCGCCGACCCUCUUGCAGAGAUGUCGUCUCUGUUUUCCGGUUGCCCCGCUGUCUGUAGAACUCCAGCGGACGUUGCGCUUUCGAAAGAACGCGCGACUUCCCUGCGUUCCUGGUGUCGGCUGUUCUUGACUUCUGACGGCAAUGUAUAGUUGUGGUGCCACGAUCAUUUGCGGUUCCAGACAUUCAGCAAUGUGCCACCGUAUACAGACAUAUCAUGUCCGGGACCAGUAUUGUCGCUAUCAAGCUCCUUUGAUGGACAUCCGCCAGACAUUCCGUAGCAGCAUUAUAGCUGCCACGCCGAUCCGAUUGUCAUCCGCUCUGGACCUCCAGAAGACGUCCUGUAGCGGCAGGACCGCUGACGUAAUCCGAUGGUUGCUGUUGUGGAUCUGCGGGGUGCGUUUCCUGGCAGCGGCGUGACGAAAAACUGGCUGGCGACACCGUAUGGACCAGAAGGAACCUGUGAAAACGCUGUUGUUCGUUGCGCGCUUUCUGUCGCGGUAUUCGUGUGCCGGUGGCAGAACUAACUUUUGUUGCCUUUCCUUACGCUCGGAAGGGCUGCUUACGAUGGGAAAGCACCGCCAUGACCCUUCCAAUGUACCGGCAGUCCGCACACGCGGAAACAUCACGGACCUGUUUUGACUGAAAAGGCCUCAGUAAGACUGUAAAGCACGUUGCCUUACCCCUGUGCGCACAGUGUACAAUGUGAACUUCGCCUGCCUUUCUUUCGUUUCUUUUUUCAGGCGGGCUCAUCUCACUGUCUCCGCCAUCAGUCUCCAUGACCCAUUCGUCCGUAUGCACUGUAUGAUGAAUCGGACACUCCAUGCCACCCGUGUGUCCUGCUCAGUACACAGCAAUGACGUUAAGCAAACUUGCGCCGUGCUGCUUUAAUCGCUGAUAAAGUGGCGCCGCUUCAGUUUUACGAUGUGGUGCAUGUCCACGCCGUGUAAUAUGCUUAGUUACCAUCCUUGCCAAGAGCGCGGGCGAUACUAUCAUCCAUGAGCGGUGCCUGCAUUGCUGGUGAAUCGAAGAGGGCAGAGUGCCGCAGGCACAUUUCAGCUGUCAAUGCGGAGAGCUGAUCGCGGUAGUCUAGAGAAAUCUAAUGUAACGACUCCUCCUGCGCGAUUGACAGCACAUUGCUUUCGCCGUCCUUCUGCUGGAUAUUGCGGGAAAUUAUUCACCGAGCCUAAAGGUAAUCUUACGGCAAUAAAAUUGUUCAUAAAUGGCAAAAUACUCUAACCUUGAAGUUGGCAAACAGAUAAGUGCAAGCUUACGAAGACAGACCUGUCUUGUAGCGAAGUGAAUCAUGCCUGGAAAAAGCGUGACCAGGUAUGUUCAUCGGGGGCCUUUCAAAUACAGCGAAGCGCUUAGUUGCUUUUCUUGUCGCAGCGACGCAGAGGUCAUGUGUCGCCUGACGUUUUAAGUUCAACGGGGAUAACUGAGUGACGCCGUGUUAGACUUCUUUCAACGUGUACGAAGCUGGAAUGCCAUUACCAAACUCGAGCUUUUGCACAUGUGUGUUGUUGGAAACUUGUGGGGACAAAUCGCAGUAACGGUGCUGUGGCAGGGUGUGCUAAAUGACUUGAGGCUUAAGCUGUGUUGCGGUUUCCUGCCAACGUUAAGCUCUUCUGGAUUCUGCAAUCGUAUACUGCAGUUGUGGAAUUUACGCACUGUACACAGUGACCCGUAGCGAGGCGACAUUCGCAAACUCUGCGAUAACUCCAGUCAUUAUCGCCACUUCUUUGUUUUGUUUUUGUUUUUUACCGUUAGAUGUGUUCACAGUGGCUUAGCCUAUCUCACCGUUGCGUUCGCGAUAAUCGGCAAACCGCAAAAGGAAUUUUUUUGCUUGGUGUGGACUGUAUAGGCGAGAAAAUUGUUUUUUUUUUCACUCAUAACCAUUUCUGUUUUCAGAAAAUAUUUAUUUCACUCGCAUUGUCCGUAUUAUAAUAUUGUGCAUAUUAUCUGUAACAUUGCGUUUCCUUUUAUCCCUCUCUGUUGCGUCAACUUGUCUCUGUACUUGUAGGUAAACUGCAUUAUGAACUGUC